AUGUUGGAAAAUUUAUGCAUUGAUUUACUUAAGGAAUUAUACUUAGCGAAGUAUAAUUUUCUUCUUUAUUUACAACUGAACAAUUUACCGAAACGAGAAAAAGGGGUAAGUAAUAAAAAGGGAAAAGAAAAAAGAGGAUACAGUAGUAAGGGGAAUUUAUUUUUAAAAUGUUGUACUACCACUAUUCAUGAAAAAGAGAAUUACUACUUAAAAUUUGGACGUGUGAAAAAAAAGCAGAGAACAAAAAAAAGAAAAAGGAAAAAGACAUUCAAAGGGUUGAGAAAACAUACUAUGAAUAUGUACAAACAUUAUUACAAACAACUGAAUGGUAAUAAAAACAAAAAAAAUUUUUAUGAUGAAUUACUAUAUGAGCACACAGACUAUAAUUCAUCUGUCGAAUGUUAUAAUAAAACGUUUUUAUCAUUAUUGCUCAAAUAUAAAAAAGGAAAUUUUAUUUUAAAUAAAAAAUGUCGUACUUCAAUUAAAAAUGUAAAUUAUGUUCGUAAUAAUGACAAGAAAGCAGAAAGGUUGAAAAAAGGCGUUUCGUUAUGUAAUUACCAUGAUAUAAAAAAAGAGGAAAGGUGUAACUAUCAAUUCGGAAAGGUACCGAAUGGUAAAUACGACGAUGGUAAAUACGACGAUGGUAAAUACGACGAUGGUAAAUACGACGAUGGUAAAUACGACGAUGAUAAAUACGACAAUGGUAAAUACGAUGAUAGUAAAUACCAUGAUAAUGACGAUAUACACCUUUUAAAUAAUCAUUUGUGUAAAUAUAUAUGUAAAGAUAUGUAUACAUUUAUGCCACACUACAAUUUUGAAAAAAACCCCAGUACAAACAGUAACAGCUUAAAUGAUAUACUGAACAAUGAAAAAAUUGCACACAUUUUAAAAAAAAGAAAAGAAAUAAAAGGAAAAGUUUAUAUAAAAAAUAAAAAAAUCAUCCGUCUUUCUUCCAAAAAGUUGAAUAAACACUACAUCAACUUUUUUAAGAAAUUGCAUUCGUUUCUUAACAAAAUAAAGAUCGAAAAAAAAAAAAAGAAAGAUAACACAACAUAUGGUCAGAAUGAUAAUAGUCAACUCUUAAAAACACUGUUGUAUUUAAAAAAAGGAUCAAGUACUGCCAACGGUAGAAAUGAUGAUGGACAUGGCCGUAAUAUUGACACUAGUACUUCCAGUAGUACUGACCGUAGCACUUUCAGCAAGACAAAUAAUAUUACCGUUUCUCAAAACGUGUAUAACAGCAACACAAUCAAAAGAAAACAUUAUAAAUUGUGCGAAGCUAUUUCAAUGAUUACCUACUUAAAAAAAAGCUUAUACGUUAUUAAAAUGGAUGUCAUGUAUAUGUUUAUUUUUUUUACAUCCUAUAUAAACCGAAUCUGCGCAAAAUUGAAAAAAGCUUACUAA